ACAACUCCACUAUGACAGACGUUCGAGGAGUCCCUAUCCCUGAAAGAACCCAUGAAGCAGUGAAUAAACCUCAGACUGGGAAGGUCUCCGACUUGAGUCAGCAGGUGUGGAUCCUUCAGGGUCUGACCCUCGUGACGGUUCCACGGAGUGACAGUGUGGUUCCAGUCACUGUCACCGUGGCCCCUUGUAAGUAUCCAGAGUCUCUUGAGCAAGGCAAAGGGGUUCCCAUUUAUUUGGGAAUACAAGAUCCAGAAAUGUGUCUGUCUUGUGAGGACGUUGAAGGGCAACCCACAUUGCAACUGAAGGAUCAGAAGAUACUAGAUCUGUACAACCAAGCUGAGCCCGUGAAGCCCUGCCUCUUCUACCAUGUCAAGACUGGCGCUACCUCCACCUUUGAGUCCGUGGCCUUCCCCGGCUGGUUUAUCGCCUCCUCCAAGAGAGGCCAGCCCAUCUUCCUCACUUCCGACCAGGGGAGAAUGUACAACACUGCCUUCAACAUAGAUUUCAGUGUUGAACUCAGCUGGGAGGUGGCAGCUUAGUCAGAGGUUUUUGUCUUACAUUUUCUAGUUCCCAGUGUGUUUUCAACUAUAUUAUGACCAUGUCAUUUCACAUCAGUGCUGAGAGGUGAGCUGGGCUCUUUUCUCUUCUCGUUUAUGAAUGGAGAAGAAGCGAUGCCUUCCUGAGAACCGAGGAAUAGAAUGUGGGCUCAGAGCAGGAGGGAGGGGUGAUGUAAGGCUCUCCUCUCAAGCUGAAGCUUUCCAGCCCACAGGCCAUUUGCAUGAGCAUGUAGGGACCCGAAGACGAUAGAGCCUUCUCCCGGGGUGGACAUGAAGAAGAGCUCAUGCGUCUUACCCAAGAUCGCGUGGCCAGCGUGGAAAUGAUC